AUGUCCGGCGCUCUGAUGCGCCGCUGUACAGACAUUGUUGUUGGCUUGGACUGGGGGAGUACAUCUGUUCGCUUGGUCAUUUGCUUCUUGCCCUCGGACGGUGAGGCGAUUGUUCCAAAGCCGGAAGAGUUGUUUAACCAAAGGAGUUUGCAAACCCAAGAUGGUACUCGAUAUGAAAAGGGCGCUUUCAACGGGUACAUCAAUAUUUCAGGGACUGGAGAAGUCUACACUGGCGAUGAACUAAGCCCUUCAGCCACACAGGUUUCGGCAAAAUUCUUUCUAGGUGAUGGUUUUCUCGACACAGGCCGGAACACAAUCAACGACGAGAAUUCCCUGCGGGUGGAAGCACUGAGAAUCAAGGACAAACACUCUGAUUUCGAAACCAUCGGAAAGAAAGGUUUGGGGUUAAUCCUCGACGCUGUCUUCCUUCGCUUAGAUGAAGAAUGCCGCAAGAUGGAAAGACCUCUUAGGAUUGUAGAUUUUGGCCUCUCAGCUCCUGCUCACUGGAGUGUCACAGAAUACGAAAAGUACAAGGCUCUGAUUAGGGAAAAGUUAGGAAGUAGCCCAAGACUGCUUACUAGUCGAUCGUUCGAUCUCGAUCAGAUCUACGACCAUCUCCAUUUACAUACAGAAGCGGAGGCAAUGGCCCAUUUCAUUUCUUCCAGCGAACACAUCGCAGACAGGAGACUUGGUACGGACGCCAGCCAAUAUGUGCUUUUUCUCGACUUCGGAGGCCACAGCAUGAAUGGCUGCCUUUACUACGUAAGACGAGCCGGAGGCAAAACGGCCCUUUUCAGAGCCGGUGAUCCCAUCGCAACAGUUGGCGGCGGAGGCAUGUGGGAGGCAUCCGUUGGUGACUUUUGCACCAACCACACCACAUCGGACAACGGUAAAGUCAGCAGCCAAGAAUUCUCGUAUUUGCUUCGCAAUGAGUUCCUCAGAGAAUUCCGUACGCGCCUCAUAGCUCUUGGGAACAACAAUCCGUUCAAGGAAGAGUCGCCGAAUGAAUUCAAGUCGCAGUUCGAGGACAUUGAUCUUACUAUCGCGAAGCCGGCGAAGUAUUUUUCAACUUCCAAGCGCUUCCACGUCAAUAUUCCGAUCCAUGAUCUGACCAAAAUGUUCAAGAAAGCCUUUCUUCAACCAUUGCUUGAAGCCGAACGCGGCAUCAGGAAUCUUGAAGCUGAACUUGCAUCAUCGCAAAAAGACAUCCGUGGCCGGAUUGUAGUAUCUGGAGGCGGCGCCAAGAAUCAAAGAGUCAAGUACUAUUUGUUCAAGUUCGUCGAAACGGUUUUCCAAAACACAGUAUCUCCGCCUAUAGUCUAUCUGGAUCAGAACCCGGAAACCCCAAAUGAAUCAUUUAACACUGCCAAAGGAGCGGGGCUGGCGACGGCUAAAGCACACCAGACAAUCCAAAAUUACAUCAAGAAUGGCGCUGCUUUUGGAAUACAAGUGCAAAGAGGCCGAGGUGGUGGCGGGGAUGAAGAAUGGGACGAUUUUGCUGCUAUGAUCCUGGCAAAUAACAGAAAAGGAAUGAAGGAAUCGCGGUACCACACAUUCCAAACUGACGGCACCAACAGGUUCAGGAUAGUCUGCGAUCCUUUCGGCCUGCACCAGUCAAUGUCCCAGACUGAUACACAAUCUCUACGCUAUCUCGACUGUGGCGCGCAUACCUAUGACUUUCUGGACCUUUUCAUGCCAAGUCAAGGGCAAUGGCAGUUCCGGCUUUCAGUCCCAGAGAAUCAGAGUUCUGAGCAUGAGCAUCUAGUCCUUGAGAGACUUAUGGUUGACAGAGGCCGUGAGUUGUGGACGACAUACGACAAAAUCAAGCUCGAUGUAUUUUUCAGCCGAUCGACAUCGACAUUCUUAGUAAGACCUGAUCGGAAACUCGAUAACUUGCACCUUGGUUUAGGCUUGACCCCAGACGGAAUUUUUGUUGCUUGUACGGCGGAAACUGAGAAAACCUGGUUCGACGAGGUCCAGCGUCGGACGGAUGCCAUAUGGGCGGAGAAAACUAGGGAACCGCCCAAUUACGAGACAACAGGUGCCAAACUUGUUGAGUUCAGCUCGGACAGUGAGGCUUAG